CAUCGCGGGCCCGGACUGUCAGUCCCCGGAGCCCCGAGAUCCGAUCGUCCCGGGAUGGCGGGCGCGGCGGGGCGCAAGGCCGUGCCCGUGGAGCUGCGGCGCGAGCGGCGCCUGGUGUGCGUGGAGUACCCGGGCCGGGUGCGCGAUGCGGCCAAGAUGCUGUGCACGCUGGGCGGCGAGGGCGCCGUGUCCCGGAUCUACGCAGACCCCUCAAAGAGGCUGGAGCUGUAUUUCCGGCCCCAAGACCCCUACUGCCACCCCUUAUGUGCCAACCGCUUUAGCACCAGCAGCCUCCUGCUCCGUGUCCGUAAGAAGGUCCGGCAGCAGAGGGCAGCGCCCGGCCCUGGCACCCAGCCCGAGGUGGCAUUUGACAUGGAGAUACUUGGCAUUGUCUCCACCAUCUACAAGUUCCAAGGCAUGUCUGAUUUCCAGUACCUGGCCGUGCAUACUCAGCCAGACGGCACCCUGAUGUCGCUGUACAACAAGAUCCUGCUGGAGAAGCCAGAGCAGGAGGAGUUUUUCCACCAGGACCUGCCGCUCUUCAUCCCGCCCCCCAUCUUCUCCCGCCUCGACACCCCCGUGGAUUACUUUUACCGGCCUGAGACGCACCACCGGGAAGGCUACAACAACCCCACUGUGUCGGGUGAGAACCUGAUCGGCCUGAGCAGGGCCCGUCGCCCCCAUAAUGCCAUCUUCGUCAACUUCGAGGAUGAAGAGGUGCCGGCGCAGCCACUGGAGGCCGCCGAAAACACGUGGAGGCGGGUGUGUGCCAACCCGGUGGACCGCCAGACAGAGGAAGAGCUGCGGAAGCUCUUUGACAUUCGCCCCGUCUGGUCCCGAAAUGCCGUCAAAGCCAACCUUAACAUCCACCCAGACAAGCUCAAGGUUCUGUUGCCCUACGUGGCCUAUUACAUGAUAACGGGUCCCUGGAGGAGCCUGUGGAUCCGCUUCGGGUACGACCCCCGGAAGGACCCCGCUGCCAAGAUGUACCAGGUCCUGGACUUCCGGAUCCGGUGUGGGAUGAAAUACGGCUACACCCCCAGUGAGCUGCCGGUGAAGGCCAAGCGCAGCACGUGCAACUACAGCCUCCCCAUCACGGUGAAGAAACCUGCCAGCCAGUUGAUCACUGUGCAGGACCUGAAGCACGGCCUGGGCACCUCAGGGACUUCCGGAGCCCAAAAACCUGCCUCCACCAAGUACAAGCUCAAGGACUCAGUCUACAUCUUCCGGGAUGGGGCCCUGCCACCCUAUCGACAGAUGUUCUACCAGCUGUGUGACCUUAACGUGGAAGAGCUACAGAGAAUCAUCCGCCGCAAUGACGGCACGGAGACCCUCUGCACCGAGCGGGACGGCUGGUGCCUCCCCAAGACGGGCGAUGACCUGCGGGAUGCCAUGUCUCUCAUGAUCCGCCACACCAUCCGGUCCCAGAGGCCAGCCCUCUUCUCCAGCUCCACCAAAGCUGAGGACAGCAGUGAGCAGCUGACCUAUGAGUGUGGGGAGGACCAGGACCGGGAGGACGAGGAGGACGAAGAGGAGGAGGACGGGAGUGACAAGGAAGAUGGGAGCGACAAGGAGGAUGCGAGUGACAACGAGAUGGUGACAGAGCUGCUGGACUACGUGUGACUUGUGCAUGUGCUCAGGGUGACAUGGGACAGCUCCCCACAGUCUGUCCCUGAAGUGUCAUCUGACUCAUGGCCUCAAGAGGUCAGGCCUCCAGGGUACCCCCAGGGCACACCCAGGCCUCCCCAUGACUGAGAACCUGGACAGUCGGGAGCCGGGCCUGGUCACAAAGCGGUGCUGGCCCAGGGUGAGGGUGUUUUUUUUUUUUUUCCUUAGUUUUUAUAAUAAAAGUUUUUCAUAAUACAGUCAUUUCAGGCAUUUCGUGUUCCAACCCCAAUCAAAGCACCAGUGUGUGACCUUCCCU